AUGAGAAACACGGCCUCCGGUGUGGCUGUCUCUGGUGUCUGUGGCAUCACCAGGGUGUUCAAUGACGUGAAGGUGCACAAGUGGGGGACGCCAGAGGAGGUGAAGAAGCACAAGGAGGCGGUGUUCCUCUGCCUCAGUGAGGACAAGAAGGAGCCUGGAGGAGACUGGGCCAGGCUGUCCAUGACCCUACUCCACCUAUGUCAAGAGGCCGCUGGACACGGGAGUCACUGCAUCCUCUGUGAGGCAACCUGGGAGACGGAGGAGAGCCAGGAGGAGGACCUGCUGUUUGUCUCCUGGGCCCCGGAGUCUGCACCCCUGAAGAAAAUGACGGAUGCCAGCUCCACGGACGUCAUCAGCAAGCUGACGGGGCUCAAGCAAGAAUUACGAGCAAACCGCUCUGAGGAGGCCAAGGGCCCGUGCACCCUGGCAGGGAAGCUGGGGGGCAGGGCUGCCAUAUCCCUGGAGGGCAAGCCUUUCUGGGGCCAGCCAACCAUCUGGUCCCCACCUCGCUGUGACCAAGACCCUCCAAAGGAUUCAGCCCCCUGCUCCACCCCACCAGCCUUCUCUGGGCCCAGCGAGGACAAUGAACUAUUCCUCCCUCAUUCCAGUUAUCGGCUCUCCUCCCUUGUCACCAAGAUCACCUUCUCAGAAGUGGCUCUGCACCUGGACAGUGAGUACGGCAGCCCAGCUGAGGGGGAGGUGAGGGGCCCGAAGGACCCGCAGUGUGGGGAUGGCGGUGAGGAGGACUGGGUGUCAAAGGCCCGGCCGCCUCAGGGCCACUCUCCUGGCUGUCUGGUCACUCUGGGCUCUUUCCUCCCUCUACACGGACCAACGGAGCACACAGUCCUUGGGCUGGUGUUGCUGGGGGCUGGCGGCCAGGAGCUGGGCCUCCUGCCCCUGUCCUUCCCCCGGCACUUGCCCAACGUCAAGGCCACUGUCAUUUAA